CCGGACUCAACCUCCUUACAGCAAGGACGAGUCUACUUUCUUUUGUUUUGUAAUACACAUUUGAAUCAUGUUUCCAUGAUUUCAGAUGCUAAUGCUACAUAAGAGAGCAACACCUGGAUGUUUGAAUCACAAGAAGACCAGUGUGUCUGAGUUGCUCCUCCAUUAAAACAGAUGUAAAGAUGUUGUUCAUGUUGGUAUUGUGUGUGCUGUUGUCCGGCUGUGGGGUAGGUGCAGAACCUUGCACCCCCACAAAUCUGUCGAUUGGUACGAGGAGCAGGUGUAUUAGUGUACAAAGUUGUCGAAUGCAAUCGUUUGUGGUGUAUGGGAAAACAUGCAUUGUUCCCUGCCUCCCAACAUGGCUACAUAUGUGGUCAGAUUCUAAGGUCAUGUGUCUUAGUGCACAGGAUUGUCGAGAAAGCUCGCGUGUGGUGUAUGGGAAAACAUGCGUGCAUUCCUGUCCCCCCGGGACGCUUUACCAACAGGACACUUCCACAUGCUACAACACGUGUCCGGCACAUACGAUCAUGGUAGGAUCGCGUUGCUUGAAUGGGACAUACUGUGUGUCCCAUAACAACCAGGUCCUGUUUAAUGGCACCUGUGUGCCGUCCUGUCCUUCCUCCAUGCCUUUCAAGACAAAUGGGACUUGUUGUAAGGCAUGCCCAGUUGAUACUGUUAUGAACGGGUCCGAUUGUUUGUCACCGUCAGACUGUAUAGAGAGGGGAUAUUUCAUAGACAACACGACAUGUGUUAAAGUUUGUCCUUCCAACAAGCAGUCUAUCCUACAAGGUGUCUGCCUUUCCUCAUGUCCACCUGACAAAUCUGUCACGGUAAAUGGAAACCAGUGUCUAUCAAAACAGGAGUGUACUCGCAGGCUGGGUCAAUUCAUAUACAACAAUACUUGUGUUCCUGUCUGUCCAGCUGCAGCUAUGUUCAGUGACCAGGGAUCAUGCACAACACUGUGCCCAACUGAGAAAUGUGUUCUUGGGACUGAAUGCAUUUCUGACUUUGCUCGCCGAUAUAUGGUCAGUUUCCGAAAUGAAUGUAUUGCCACCUGCCCUCCUGAAGCUCCUUAUGCAGUAGAUAGCAUCUGUUACUCGACAUGUCCUCCUAACACUGUGUUGAAUGAUGAAGCAUGCAUAGGUUUGCAACAAUGCACAGAACGAUAUUACCUAUAUAAAGUCAUCUUCAACAAUACCUGUGUUGAUGCCUGUCCACAAUCUGCACCUUUAAACCAUCACGCAACGUGUGUAACAAUUUGUCCAGAUGAAACUGUAAUCGCUGACAUGCAGUGUGUUGAUCCUUCUGCUUGUAUAAUGACCCAUGGGUUUAUAGCCAACAGAACAUGUGUGUCCGAGUGUAAUGGCACAGAACCCUACGUAGCCAAUGGCCUCUGCCAGCCUGCCUGCCCAGAAGACUUUGUUGUUACAGCCCCAGGGAAAUUCCAGUGCAUUGGCGAAUCCGAAUGUAUCGAGAUGAAGAAAAUGGUGUCUGACGGAACGUGUGCAACAGAAUGUCCAAAAGAAUCCCCAUACAUCAGGUCAAGCCACUGCUACCAAACGUGCCCACAGGAAACUGUUGGUUUGCCUGAUAUGAACUGUGUAAGUUAUCAAGAGUGCAAGGAGCAAGGGAUGUUUGUUCAUGAAUCCAAAUGUCUUCAUGAUUGUCCAUCAACGUUUAAGUAUAAAUUACACAACACAUGCAUCUUGGAGUGUCCUUCAAACACAAGCGUAUUCCCAGACAACAAAUGAGUUUCUAUAUCCGACUGCUCAACGAUAACAGACGCAGUCAAAUACAAUGGAUCAUGUUUGCCACAUUGUCCUCCUCAUGUCCCAUAUAACCAUUCCGGAAACUGUCUGACGCAAUGUCCGUCAGGGUUUUUCGCAAAAAGUUUUCACUGCCUAGAAAAUAACAAGUGCUCAAAUAUCUUAUACAACGGAUCAUGCUUAUCAUCUUGCCCCCAAGAGGCACCAAACAGAAAGGACAGCAACUGUUACGCCAUUUGUCCACCGGACACCUACAUUUAUCAGGAAAAAUGCAUUGAUCAAUAUGAUUGUCAGGAGAAGAAGUUCUACAUCGCCGGCGGUAGUUGCGUGUCAACAUGCCCACCUGGUAGUGCAGGUUUCACAGAUUACAUCUGUCACCCCUUGAUAUAUGUGUAUAGCGCAAUUCAAGUUACGCCAUUUCUGAUGUUGACGGUGCUGAUGUGUCUGUUCUUCAUGGUUUAUAAUCCUAAGAAAUCAAGGGAAAUGAAUGCACCACAAAAAGUUCAAAGAGAACAGCUCACAGAGUGUGAUAUGCUGGAGUUAGUGACGUUUGACAAUCUCCCUGGACAACAGCAAGACCGCGCUGAACUUCCGGAUGAAGAAAACAUGGAAGUCAAUUAGGAUAGAUGAAGAGCUGCUGUCAUUGCAAGAACAGCGAAAUUUUUCUCAGAAAGCAACUGCUUUGAGUCACAAUGGAGGGAUCCUUUGAGUUGCGAACUAUUUCAAUAAGGUGAUUAUCAAUCCACGAAGAGACCACGACGAUGUGCCGUUGUUACAAGUAACAUCAGAAGACGAGCCUUUGAUCCAGCACACUGAUGAUGCAUUCGUGUUUGGUGAUGGAACGAACUGAAUUGAUCAGAAUGAUGAAAGUGAAAAUGAUAGGUUGGUGGCUAUCUCCAUUGGCUUUUCAGCCAAUGAUUAUCAGUUAACAUUAAUCUGCUCUGAAUAGGUGUAUUUUCUGUAUUUUGGUUGCUGUCCUGAAUUUGUAAUUGGGUGCUGUUAUCUUACUUUCUUACUUAGUAUUAACUUUCUGUAACAACGCUUGUUUCUUUAUGUCCUUGCUUGUUUCUUUGUUCUAUAUGGUUAUUGUCUUCUAUUGGCUUUUUAUUGUCAUAUUUCUUUUAAAUGCACAUAAGUUGCUUUCUUGGACAUGAGUUGACCCAUGUAUUUAUAGUUGUAUAUAUCUAAAGUCAUGGCUAAAGCUUUUGCUUCAAUUAACAUGCAGCUUUGAACGUACACGAUGUAAGAUCAACAGUUCGGCGUUAAAAAACAAACAAACAAACAGCAUCUCAAAUUGUGGUACCAGUUACAAAUUAUUACAAAAGGAUACUCAUCUUCUACAUGGGCCUGAUUACCUUUGAUGUUUCAGCUCUUUUCUGUAUCUCCCAGUCUUAAUUAUUCUUAAAAAAUCUUCUAUUGCAGAUUAAUUUCACAUUCUAUUGUAAUCCCGUCUGUUAUAACCAAAUGACUCCCCGGGCUCAAAUAUGACUCCACUUGCAAUUUCAAAUGUCUAUGUUUCAUUGUAUUUUCGGGUAUGUUUGUGUAUCAAUUAAUAGAUUUAUUGGAGGCACGUGUGGUUGGUGACGUGGGGUGUGCAUGUUGCCAACGCCUCAUGUUGUUGCGCCGAUUUCUCAGACAUUAUGUAACCCGAAACGCCCUGGCCAUGUGGAUCCGUGUGACUACAUAAUUAUUUGUUCAUUCUUUACAAACUUACGAAAAAAGCGAAUAUUUUAACACCAGAACUGUCUCACUUGGGACUGAUGAAAUCUAUGUGCUGGCAAUUCAAAGAAACGUGCUUAUGUCUGAAAUGAACUGUUGAGUAAGAAUUUGUAUACAAAACUUGAACCAGUUAUGUUUUUUGUAUGUAUUUUUAAUGUUUAUGAAUUAUUUUAUAUAUAUUUUAUUCCUGCAUGGAAAUGAUGUAAUUAUACAUGGUACCUUUCUUAGCGCGUGUGUACAUGUUGGGUCGAUACUAUGCGAUAAAAGUGCAUGUUCCCUUCAAACAAUUACAUGCAGACAAAUAUUUUGUAGAAAACAAUUGUAUAGACGCAUCUUAUUAUUUUCAUGCGUCGAAGCUUACCCCUGAUAUGAUUUAUAUAAUUAGAAAAAUCUAAAGUGGAAACAAAGUUACUUUUAUCCUAACUAUUUGAGAGAUAUACACUUAUUUUUAUUGUAUGGUUUGGGCCUAGCAGAGGGGCGUGAUCUGAGCCUAGAGUGCUUUGAUUGGUUGGUUGGUUGGUUUGUUGUUUUACGCCGCACUCAGCAAUAUCCUAGCUAUAUGACGGCGGUCUGUAAAUAAUCGAGUCUGGACCAGACAAUCC